AUGAACAACAGACAUUCGGGAUCCGAAAAAACACCAGCAACACAGAAAAAAGACUCGUUGGCACCUUCAGCCACCAAUGCCGAUAUAACCAAGGUGAAAAUCUGCUCUGGGCACACGAGGCCAAUAUGUCAUAUUAACUAUAGCAACAUCAUCGACGGGACCUUCUGGCUUGUGACGUCAUGUCACGACGCUAAGCCUAUGUUGCGUAACGGAGAAACUGGAGAUUGGGUUGGGACAUUCGAAGGGCACAAGGGUGCUGUGUACUGUUCGGUCUUCAAUGAGGACGCCACAAGAUUGGUUACCGGAAGCGGUGAUUAUUCCUCGAUGGUGUGGAAUGCCGUGACCGGGGAUAAGCUACAUACAUGGAGCCAUCCAAAGUAUAUUAAGUCCUGCGAUUGGUGUGGCAACAAAAUCGCAACGGGGUGCGUUGAUGGCUUGGUCCGCAUUUUUGACGCUCAAGCCUACGAUGCCAAUCCUGUUUGUUUCGACAGCACCGAGAAGGUUAAUCAAGUGAAGGCGACGUACUUCAUUGAUCACACAACAAUGGUUACAGCAUGCGAAAAUACUAUUAUGAAGUGGGAUCUUCGGGAUACUUCGUUGCCAUACUUAAGGAAAGAGAUUCCCGGCCUCAAUUUCCUCGAGUACACCCAUUCCAACAGCAUUGUGGCGGCCCAUGAGAAGAGCAUAUCUUUCAUAGACACUACGUCGCUAGAAAUCAAGAGCUCCUUUACAACGAGUGACGAUAUCGAAUGCGCAUCGCUUUCUCCCAACGGGCAAAACGUGGCUGCGGGAUCAAAGCUAAAGGCAAAAGAGUUCACUGUUGACGGGACUGAGUUGGAGUCCCACAGGGGCCACCAUGGUCCUAUUUUUCAUAUACGCUGGGCACCAGACGGUAAAUCAUUUACCUCCGGCGCAGAAGAUGGUAUGGCUCGUAUUUGGCCGUCUCACGACAUAAUCGAGACAUACGAUAACGAGAACUAA